UGUAAACUGGAGGCUUUGUGUCCAAUUCCCCCCAUGGCAACACUUUGGCUUGUGGGUGGUUUUAGAGAGAUAUGGAGGUUUGCCCUACAAGGGUUGGUCCAAAGUGGCCCUGCCUUGGAAUGGUUCCUCAUUACCAAAAUGGGAGUUCUGGUUGGGAUUCUGCUUAAUACUACUGGACAGUACUAUUAAAUCGCUGACUCGCUGCUAAUACCAUAUAACCUUCUUGGAUUUCUGUAUUAGCAAAUGGAGAUUGGUACUUCAGAUUCAACUUCUGUCUUGUGAUGUAACUGGAGUAAAUAUAUCGUUAACUGAUCAUCAACAUCACUAGGUGGAUGUUUCGGUGGUUAUCGGGAAGUGCAGAAGCAUAUGGUUUUCUCAAUGGAAAUCCGAGAGGAUUUAACUAUCAGCAAAAACUGAAUCUUGUCAAUGUAAAGUUAAAAUGGGUGAAAGAUAAGGUAUUGGAUGCUGUCGUCGCUGGUGAGAGGGAUCUCAGGGCAGUCUGCACCCUCGUUUCUAUCAUAUCCUCUAAUCCUCAAUGUUCGGUACCUGUAUAUCACCUCUCUCACUGUCGAGGACAACUUGGUCUUCCACAGGAUCUCAAGAUUUCCACAUUCGUCAGGAGGUAUCCCACUAUUUUUUAUGAAUUUCAUGUCCCUGACAGUGGUGGCACUCUUGUCCCUUGUUUUCGCUUGUCCCCUGAAGCCCUCAAUCUCCACCAAGAAGAACUCAACGUCCUUCAACAUCAUCGGAAGGACCUUGUUGAUAGACUUUGUAAGCUUCUCAUGCUCACCAAGGAAAGGACUCUUCCUUUGCAAACAAUUGACCAGCUAAAAUGGGACAUGGGCUUGCCAUAUGGCUACGAGCAGUCCAUGAUUCCACACCACCCAGAAUUAUUUUCGUUGUUUCGCCUUCCUGAUGAUCGUGUUGGCUUAAGACUUUUAUUCUGGGAUGAUUGUCUUGCAGUCUCAGAGUUGCAAAAAAAUCCUGGUUUGCAGGAAAAGGAAAAUAUUAAAAAUGGCUGCUUAGCCUUUCCAGUACGAUUCACAAGGGGUUUUGGGCUGAAGAGAAAAUGCAUGCAAUGGUUAGAAGAGUGGCAGAGGCUCCCUUAUACUCCUCCUUACUUGGAUGCCUCUCAUUUGGACCCCCGUACAGAUAUAUCCGAGAAGAGGAUUGUGGGAGUCUUUCAUGAGUUACUUCACCUUACCAUACAAAAGAAAACUGAGCGGAAGAAUGUGAGCAACCUCCGUAAACCACUAGAUUUGCCCCAAAAAUUUACUAAGGUCUUUGAGCGCCACCCUGGCAUCUUCUACAUUUCUAGGAAGAGUGACACCCAGACUGUUGUUCUCAGGGAAGCCUAUGACCGACAGCAACUCAUCCAAAAACACCCCCUUGUUGAUAUCAGAGCAAGGUAUUCAAAUAUGAUGCAACAAGGGUUCCUUGAUAGGAGUAGGGGCUUGUACAAGAGAAGCGUAAGUGCUGGUUCAGAGGAGCACAGAUUAAAGAGUAUUUGCACCGAUGAGUUUAGUGACUAUGAUUACAAAUCUGAAGGAGAAUCAGAGAGCCAUUUUCUUUCUGAAUACGAGUCAGAUGAAUAACAAGCUGAAGUUCGCUGAUUCUCCUGUGAUGUGAACCAGGAUAAUUUUCUUUUCCUCACAAUGGGGGCAAAUUAUCCAUACAUGGAGUUUUUUUAUUCUUCUCCAGGAAUUGGGGACCGUGCCAUAGGUUUUGAGUUUGGUGGCCAUUUACAUAUAAAGAUUCAGCAGUUGAAGUAUCUUGAUCAUCAAUGACUGUACGAUACAAAGUUUUUAACUGGUUCAGGUUCAUCCCCCAUAUGCUCCUUAAGGUGAACCAAGUUUGCUUACCCCCAAAAAAGGAAAGGAUAAGAAAGAAAACAUAUCUAAACUAUUUGUUCUUUGCUGCUGCAGAGAGCUAGCUGGAAAUGCAAACCACCCCUUUCUGUUUCGAUUGCUGUGAAUAAUAUUGUCUCGUAUGUCUUUAGAUUUGGUGCUUUUUGUGUGAUGAUUUUAAGUGCUUUAAUGGAUUAUAUUUUAUUUGGA